AUGUACAGCAUACUGGGCAGGUAUGGACAGCAGACCACUAUCUACAGCAUACUGGGCAGGUACGGACAGCAGACCACUAUCUACAGCAUACUGGGCAGGUACAGACAGCAGACCACUAACUACAGCAUACUGGGCAGGUAUGGACAGCAGACCACUAACUACAGCAUACUGGGCAGGUACGGACAGCAGACCACUAACUACAGCAUACUGGGCAGGUACGGACAGCAGACCACUAACUACAGCAUACUGGGCAGGUACGGACAGCAGACCACUAACUACAGCACACUGGGCAGGUAUGAACAGCAGACCACUAUCUACAGCAUACUGGGCAGGUAUGGACAGCAGACCACUAUCUACAGCAUACUGGGCAGGUAUGGACAGCAGACCACUAGCUACAGCAUACUGGGCAGGUAUGGACAGCAGACCACUAACUACAGCAUACUGGGCAGGUACGGACAGCAGACCACUAACUACAGCAUACUGGGCAGGUACGGACAGCAGACCACUAACUACAGCAUACUGGGCAGGUACGGACAGCAGACCACUAACUAA